AUGGCGGAGAAAGAAGUCCCUCUCACGGCCGUCAAGGUCGAGGCCUUGGUGGUGAUGAAGAUCAUCAAGCACGGCUCUCAGGCCUUCCCGACGACUGCGACCGGUUCGAUCGUCGGUAUGGAUGUCGACGGUACCCUGGAGAUCACCAACAGUUUCCCUUUCCCCGUCGUUGAGGUGCCCGCCGAAUCGCACUUUGACAAUACCGCUCCCAACCCGGCUGCUGCUGCCCCCCGCGCGAAGGCCAACGCCGCCUACGAGGCUGAGAUGGUCCGUAUGAUGCGCGAGGUUAACGUUGACGCCAACAACGUUGGUUGGUACACUAGCGCCAACAUGGGCAACUUCAUCAACAUGAACGUGAUCGAGAACCAGUUCUUUUACCAGAAGGAGAUGAACGAGCGCACGGUCGCUCUGGUGCACGACGUCAGCCGCAGCGCACAGGGAAGCCUGAGCCUGCGCGCUUUCCGCCUGUCUCCUAAGUUCAUGGCGGCUUUCAAGGAGAACAAGUUCACUUCCGAGGAGCUCCAAAAGUCCAACCUCAGGUACCAGGACAUCCUGGUCGAGCUCCCCGUUGAAAUCCACAACUCUCACCUGAUCACCUCCUUCAUUCACCAGCUCCAGACUCCCACUCAGGCGACUCCCUCCGAUCUCCCCCCGUCCCUGGCCGCGUUGGAGUCGUCUCAGUACGCCAAGUCGUCCGUGCUGGCACCCAACUUCGACAACCUCUCCCUCAGCAUCGACCCGUUCCUGGAGAAGAACUGCGACCUUCUGCUUGACAGCAUCGAGGUGCACCACACCGAGACCAACAACUUCCAGUACUACCAGCGGUCGCUCGCCCGUGAGCAGGCCAAGAUCACCGCGUGGCAGAACAAGCGCAAGACCGAGAACGCCAGCCGCGCGGCUCUCAAGCAGCCCCUGCUCCCCGAGGACGAGUGGCAGCGGCUGUUCAAGCUGCCCCAGGAGCCCAGCCGCCUGGACAGCAUGCUCAACAGCCGCCAGGUUGAGCAGUACGCUCGCCAGGUCGACAGCUUCGUGUCUGCGACGACGGGUAAGAUGUUUGCCGUCAAGGGCAACCUGCUUCCGGGUGAGACGGCCAAAUAG